UCUUCUCUUUCUAAAGCAUUCUUUUCACUCCCCUCCCCCCGUCGAAAAAUGGCAGAAGGUGUUCUCUUGAGACUUGAGGGAAUCAUUCGGAGUUUGACGUCGGAGGCUGUAGCGAAGCUUGAAGUGCCAUGGGGUGUCAUAGAUGAGCUCGAGAAGCUCAACAACGUAAAUCAUGCAGACGACUUGCUGGAUAAUUUCUCCACUGAAUCUCUACGGCGAGAAAUCAUGGAUGCGGAGGAGAGAUGAUUUCAACACUCAAAGCUGUGCUUCUGGUUGCGGAGGAGCUGCAGGCUGGGAGCUAUGGAGUUAAAGAAAGGGCGAGAAAUCAUGGCGCGUGGUAUGCAAGCGACAAAGUUCCUUUAAUACAGCCGAAUACGGCAAGUCGUCCAGUUCGAAAUUUAAACUCAACAACGGCAAGUCGUUGGUCCACCGCCUUUAGCUAAGGCGGUGGACCUAAGUCGGUGGACGUAAGUCGGUGGCAUUGGCUUCUAUAUAAGGGCCAUGGCUUCAAGGGGGAGUGAAACAGUGAGUGAAAGUCAGAGAGAGUCAAGAGGGAGUGAAAAUCACAGUGAAGUCGUCUCUCGUUCUUGUUUUUUUUCAAGAGGUUUCACCAAGAGGGAGUGAAUGAUGAUGAUGCCUGUGGGAUUUCGUUUUGAACCCACCGAUGAAGAGCUCGUAGGCUUCUAUUUGUUGAACAAGGUAAGGGGAGAAGAUCUGGGUUGGGAUGGCAUCGGAGAGUUUGAUAUUUAUGGUGAAACGGCUCCCUGGCAAUUCUGUGGUGAUCAGGAGAAGCUUUACGUUUUUACAAGGCUAAAAAAUCUAAGCAAAAAUCGAGUGGCACGAACAGCGGGUUGCGGCGGUGUUUGGCAUGAGAAUUCUUCCGAUAAAAUCUAUGAUGCUCAGGGUGAUGUUAUUGGGGCCAGGAAACUCUUCUCUUUCAAGGUGAAAGAGGGCUCGUGCAUGAAGAAAUCCAAUUGGAUAAUGCACGAGUUCUCAUUAGUUGGGGAGGGAGAACGGACGACUGACUGGGUCCUGUGCACCAUCCAAAAGAAAGAAUCAGGAUCAAGAGCUGGCGUUAAAAGAUGCUUUCAAGAUCAGUCUUCUCCCACCAUCAUCUCUGUUGACACUCCAUCUCCAUGCUAUAAAGAAGAAGAAGUGCUGCUACUUGAGGAUGGAUCCCAGCAGAGAAAGAAGAUGCGCUGCGAUGUCAAAUGUGAUGGGCCUCAAGCCACUGGGACUCCAUCAGAAUGUCCAUCUGAAUUUGGAACGCCUGAAUCUGAAUUUACACCAUCACAGAAUUCAGUGGAUAUUGUGGAAGAGUCUAACACGCAGAAGACUGAUUUGGAAACCCUAACAGCUACUGAUAACUCUGAUUCUGAGUUUAGUGUUUCAUAUGAAUAUUUGGAAACCUUGAUGAGCUGUCAACUAGCUGAUGACUCUGCGUCUGAGUUUUAUGCUUCCUACGGUUAUCUGCCGCCACCGCCUUCCCCUGUGGGUGGACAUCUGCCGCUUGAUGCAUGGGUGGAUUCUUGGGAUCCUGAGUUUGGUACUUGCCUAGUUCGGGACAACCUAUCUGCUGCAUUUUGUUCAACACGUGUGUUGAAGGACCAUGUUAAAGACGACACCAGCACCUUGUGAAUGAUCAAAACAGAGAACCAAAACUCUGUUUUACUGUUGGUGUCGGUUAAGAUAGGAAAAGAUUGUAAAUUUUUUUUUGUUUGUUCAAUUUUUUUGUAGCACAUUGGUGUACUUGUUCCUUAUUUUUGUUAUGGGAUAUCCACUUUGUCAACUUUGCUCGAAAUAUCUCUUCUCUUGUAAAGUGUUGUCAAAGCCUUCUCUAAACAGUCAAUACAUGGGAAAAUUCUUGAGUUGGGGACUUUCUGAUC